AUGGAGGCACUUCCAGAAUACGAUGGUUCGCAAGAUCCAAAAGACUGGGUAAACAAGAUCCAGGCGUAUUGUCUCCUCAAUAGAACAUUCGCAGAAUGCGAAAUGGUGAAGAUUGCCUUGCUUCGGGUCAAUAAAACCAUAAAAAUAGAUAAGGAUAUAUCCACCCUGGAGGGUCUCAUUUCUGCACUCCGUUCGUGCAAACAAUACAACCUGCACUUGAAAUUCCUUAGAGACAAAUUGUCGGUAAUCAAGUACAAUGGCAGAGACGAUUUGUAUGGCUUUGUUAAUCUGAUACGGAACUGGGUCUUGGAGCUCGGCUUGGAGAACGAUGUAGAAUGUGUGCGGGGAUGUCUGGUCAAUGCAUUCACGAACAAGACAAUCAGAAAGAACUUUGAAGAAAAGUCGAGUGAUAUAGCUGAUGUGGAAACUUUACUAGAAACUUUCUACGACUUAAAUGCCAGUCUAAAUCAAUGCUUAAAAUACGGUUCUACGGUUCUAUUAAAGCAUGUUGUCACCGGAAAUUACCUUUCCAGUAAUCAUGAUCAUUACUCGUCCGGGAGUAGAUUUCAGAUUGUGUAUGGGAACAAGGAUACAUACAAUCAGGACAAUUAUUGGAUGGUACAACCGACAGGACGUGUACUAGACGAAUACGUAAGGUACAACGCAAAAAUAUCAUUACGGCAUAUUGCAACUUCGGAGAUGCUACAUUCGCAUCGACAAACUUCCCCCAUAUCUGGACAGCAAGAAGUUUGCUGCUUCGAUCAAUACGAUUCGAACAAUUAUUGGACACCGUUAUCAACGUCUAAUCCAGAAAGCGACGACUUUUGGAAAAUUGAUGAUAUAGUAAACAUAAAGCAUAUCGAAACCAAUGGCAAGCUUCACAGUCAUGCAUGCUUUUUGGACGAAGACAGGCAAGAAGUAACGUGUUUUUACGAAAACGACGAUAACGAUAAGUGGCAAGUAACACUCAAGGAUUAG